UACCCACAUUUUUCUUUUUUACUACAGGUAUAUUGACAGACAUGACGACUUUUUGGAAUACAGAUUUUCGCUUACCCGCUGUGGACGCAUCACGAGAUGAACUAAUUGCCUAUUACCACAAUCUGUUAUAUACUGCCAGAGAAAUAAAAGGGUUUUUACUUUUUGUGCAUAACAUCAUAGUUUCUGAAAAAACAAUUUACAGAGUUGUACGGAGGCUUAAUCUGUGGAGGAGGUCAAAUGAGAGCGAUUUACAAGAUGUCAUUCGAUGUAUAGUAAGACUUAGAAGCGAUGGAUUUUCUGAAGUAGGAUAUCCGUCGAUGUGGCAGUUAUUAAAUACAAGAUGUGGACUUCAUGUCACUCAAGAAACGGUGAGAUUUGCCCAAAUUGCCAUUGAUAGGGAUGGUGUAAAUAUAAGAGGAAGAAAUCGACUAAGACGAAGACACUAUACGAUUAAAGGUCCACAUUUUUGUUUGCACGUAGAUGGAUACGACAAACUUAAACCUUUCGGUAUCGCAAUCCAUGGCUGCAUUGAUGGAUUCUCAAGGAAAAUAUUAUGGUUGAAUGCCAGCCACACUAACAACCCUCGUUACGUUGCCCAGUAUUUUGUAGCAUAUCUUAAACAAUUAAAACGUGUUCCAAGAAUGGUUCGUUCUGAUGCAGGAAACGAAAACGUUAUUAUAAGAGACAUACAAAUAGCAUUGCGAUCGUCACACGGUGAUGAAGUAGCAGGACAUAGGAGUUUCAGUGUGGGUAGAUCAACAAGCAAUCAGAGAAUAGAGAUGUUGUGGAGUUUUCUGAUGAGAUAUUUCACAUCAUACUGGAGAAACCUAUUUAUAGAUAUAGUGGACAGCGGCCAACUGCAUAAUGCAGAUCCAAUUCAUUUGGAAUGUAUUCGCUUUUGUUUCAUGCCGAUAAUUCAACAUCAUUUGAACACAUUUUUGAUUAGUUGGAAUUCUCACAGAAUUCGUCCACAGAGACAAAUUGAGAUUCAAACUGGCGUACCGGAUGUGAUGUUUUUUCAACCAUUUUUAUUUGAUACUACGGAUUAUGCAUUCGAAAUUCCUUGUGGCCAUGAUGUGCUAGACGAGAUCGAGCGGGUCUAUACACAGCCAAGGUUGGAAAGAGGCUGUUCUGCGGACUUCAUCGGUUUUGUUGAAGAAAUAACAGGCUUAAACGUGGACGAUUUUGAUGCAGUGGCCUCUCCUGAUAAAGCAAAGCAACUUUUUAUUGAAAUUACAGGACUCAUCGACGCGCUAGGUUAAUCACAAACGAAAUCCUCCAGUU